GCGCCGACUGUCGACUACGCUGUACCAGUACCAGUGUUCCUCCCGCCGUGGCGCGCACUGGAUGCCUGACGCGAGGUGAGACGCGAGUGUAGUGUUUGUCAGCUGUCACCAGGACUAGAGGGAUACUGACCCAGGAUGGCGAGCGUCAGACAAAAUCACGUGACCACGAUGUCCACUACCAAUCACGACAACAAUCUCGAUGCACUGCUGGAGGAACUACAGACCAGCGUGUCACGACCUGGGUCCUCGUUGGGUCACUCUGUGAAUGGGCCAGUGACAGGUUACCGCCAGGUGACUCGCACCGUCACCACAGAGACCGAUGGCCACCCCACCGCCAAGACCUCUGAAUACCAGAUAGAGUACCUCAACCCCUCCAACAGCACAACAGUUUUACAAGAGCUACCACACCGUGAUCUCGCCAUUAUGCAUGAUGUACAACCUGGACGUAACGUAGCCUACAAAACAGUCCAGUACCAGUACAAUACUUCAUCCACAUCUGGCUCAUCCCUUCAAGAUGCCAGUUUGCCAGUGGCAGAUGCCCGCAUGCGGCAGAACAUCACCGAACUCGACUCUCUGCUCGACGACCUUCACACUGCUCAGAAAACAGGAUUUGCAGACGGCAGCGUUUCAAGGCACCAUGGUGGAAUUGAUCCUGGACUACUUGAGCCAAUAGACACAAGCACUCCUAAGUCUGGCCACGUUUCACGUUCGCUGGAGAAGAGGUCAUACCAGGAGCAGCGCUAUGGCAGCGUGGGCCAGAACCGAUCCAGUCCUGCUCCAGAAAGGGAUGUGCGGAAGGAAUUGGUCUUCACUGGUGGCAAUACUAAGAGAGAGCAGCCAUCACCUGCCCCUGUUGCUCGCAAAGAGAUCUACCAUUAUGAGAGCAAGACCACACGCUCAGGAAGUGCCAAUUCUCGAGACUUGUCACCUCCCCAGGAUCGCAGACAAACAUCUCCUUCUCCUGCAAGGCAACAGCUGGCAUCCGUCCGCACCUACAACUACUCCAGCUCUGAUGAGGUACCCAGGACACCUACACUGCACAGGUCACCAUCACCUGCAGGAGGAAGGAGCUCUUCCAGCACAGCAGUCCGCCAGUAUAACUAUUCCAACCGGGACUUCUCUCCUGACAACCACCGUCAACCGCCAGUCCGCUCGCCAUCCCCUACAUCUACUACCAAGGUGACCACUGUCCGAAACUACUACAACACACCACAGGAGCCUCCCAGGAACACUUCUAAGAUCACCACUGUCAACAGCUACUCUUACAACACGUCUUCCCGUGAUACCAGACAAGAAGUUCCUCGCAGCCCACCCCCUCAUCGGUCACCUUCUCCUGUAUCUUUCACCCCUCCACCACUACCCAGCACGAACAAAUCGACCACUGUUAAGACUUACAACUUUGAACAGUCAUCUAAUGCUCCCUACGUAAGGCCUAAAUCGCCACAGCCAGUUCAGAAGUUCAGUCCCUCUGAUCCCAGUCGGACCUUAACUUACCAAGUGUCACCGCCCCCUCUUCAGCCUUCACAGCCCACUGUUAUCACCUACAAAUACUCCAGCCAGACCACUCACUCUACCAAGUACCCUGGAGAGGAGAAUGUGCCACUACUGCCAAGACCAUUCCCCACUCCCUCACCCACCCCAGACCAGCAGCAACAGCAGCCACCCAAGAAACUUGAUGAACUCAUGGCUCAAUUCUCUGAUACUGACAUACAACAUCAUCAAGAAACAUCUACUCGGUACUUGCCUGUGAGGGAACCGGCAGUUCAAAGGAUGGAAGCGUCCCCACCAGUAGCUCCUGCAGCUCCCCCCACACCUCCACCCUCAGGCCCAUCUCCUGCUGCCACUGCUGCGGCUAUGCAGGUCAAAUCCAAGAACAUCGCUGGACCACCAGUAUACUAUCCUCCAGGUGUUGAAUUAUUUGCCAAGAAAGAAGAGUCUAUGAUGCAGUCUCAGAGUGGUGGUGGCAAAUACAAGGCAAAGGCAAAGUAUGAGUACGAGUCCAGCAGCAAAAUGAAGACGAAAGAAAGUUCUGGAAAGGCCGUAGUUCCUGUGUGUCUUCCUGUUUGUUGUGCUAUGCCUUGUGUUAUAAUGUGAACCGUCCAUAAAAACUGUUUUGUGCUUUAAGUCAAAAUGUCUGUAAAUUUAUAGAACCUGCCAUUUUUGUGGUAAGAUUAAUAUUAAAUAAUAUUUUUAUGAACAUAGUAGAUUAUAUUUAAUAUUUUUCUCCUUCUAUAUAGAAAACUUUUAGUGGACUUAGUAUAUCUGUUGAUCAGUUUAGGAAUUUUGUUCAACUUGGUGAAGUGUUCAAUUGUUCUAAAUAAACAUGCUCACUACUCUGCUUAAUUAAUUACAUCCAUAAAAUGAUUUAUCCACAUGUAGUUUCUGUAUUUUUUUGUAAUGUAAUUUUUUAUAUAUUAUAAUUUAAUUUUAUAAAAUGUCUCGUUUUUAAAAUUGGGUUAAAUAAUGUUUUAGGAUAAAUUAUACUGUAGUUAUGAAAUUACAUUAAAGAAAAUAUUAAUUUUUUAAACUGUAAAUUUAUUUUUAGACAGAUUUCUAUACAAAGUGUAAUAUUAUAUAUGACUCAAUGUAAACUUGACCUUUGCAGUAGUUUAUUUGCUUAUAGUAACAUUAUUUUUAGUUUUGUAAAGUAUGUAUAUAUGUAUUUUAUGGUUUAUAUUAACACUUAUCAUCAUUGUAACAUACCCUACUGAAGAUUUUGAAUGAACCUUAUUGAUUUUCUAGAUUGUUAUACUCUACAACCAGAGAAUACCAUUCUUUUCACUACAUUUUAUGUUUAUUUAAAAUGCUUUUGAAGAAGAACUUGGGGAAACUAUAUUCUAUGAUCGAUUAGAGACGAACUCAUGAUUAUAAUGUAAGUUGAUGUAACAUCCUAACAUAGUUAAGAAUAGAAAGUAAGAAAACCCCUUUUAUUCAUUGAAUUAAAGAUGCUUAUUAAAAUAAAUAAACCUUUAUAUAUGCUGUCUUUAGGUUUCCAAGAAACGAUAUACUUUGGAAAUAUUAUAUAAUGUAACAUAAUAAAAGAUUUAACUGUUGAUUA